AUGGACUCUGGUUUGGCAGAGAUCCCUGCUCAUGCAUGCUUUCCGGCCCGGAUGCGAACUCAUAUCAAGAACCAGGGCUCAAACUCUUCCGCAAUGAGCCACGACCAGAUGACAGCCGCCGAACCCAUCCCAUCACCCCGCCGCUGGUCGCCCACCUACAUACCCCGAAGGCGUAGCAGACCAAUGCCCUCACUAUCAUUUGUACCUUCACCAGUGAUGCCGCGCAUAGAGUCUCAUGAUUUUUCGGCCCCAUUGUCUCGGAGGCCUGCAGAACGGGCGCCAGCUUGCAUGUCCCCGUUUCGCUCCGUGCGAAGGAUGAAAGAACCAUUCCAGCUAAUGCUUCCGUCAUCCCCGGCAUCGCUCGAUGGCGGUGCUCCCAACUUUCCCGAGAAGCCCUACAGACCGUACAAAGCCCCGACAGAACAUACGCUCAGAACAUGGCGUUCCGAUCAAAACCUGACCUGUGGCAACUUGGAGGGAUUCGGCCUUUUGCCCAGUCCACCUAUAUCGGAGUCAAGGCCUGCAAGUACUGGGGCAGAGUUGUCUUAUUUUGAUUUCCAGUCAGAUAAAUCAGAUGAAUCCAAAGUUGGGAAGGAUGCAGAAGAUGGAAACGGUCCGGAAGACGAGCUCGAGGUUACGAAAUCGGUUGAUGUUGUCCCAUCGACGACGUUGGAAGUCGAGGAAAAGAUCAACUAUAAGGCCUACCGCCCCCCGGAUUGGCAGGCACCACCUCGAACAGACGUUAUGAACGUCCAUGAAGCGCACUCUGUCUUUGUACGUCGAUGCGAGUCUGGCAACCAACAAGCACCACCAGCUACUGCUCCUAGCCCGCAUAAGUCCACAUCCUCGCUAGCAUCGGUAAGAUCGGGCUACAGUGAGACACCCCUCGUUCCUGGAAGCUCACCUAGACCCCAGCGGCCUAGGACUGAGACAGUGUCCAGUGAAACUAGUUGGGUGCCGAGCAAUUUUUCCUACUGUGAAAGAUGGCUCCAAGGCGUGCCGGUCGACAAAGUGAACAACCACGACCCAUCCACCAAGGAAUUUAACAACAGGCGCAAAUUCCAAAUUGUCGAAAACGAUCCUCCUAUGCCACAAUUGGACAUCAUCCCUGGAGCUAAAGCUCUUGAGGAACCCGUACGAUUUGUCGUUGCCAGCAAAACCAAACCAAAACUUGUUGAUAUUGCACGACAAUCAUCCCCAUCCGUCCCGUUGGUUCCCCCGCCGGCCCUCCUGCCGCAGACUGUCCCGACAACGCCAGACCAGCGGCAAGAGGAAGUAUCCGCAUUCAGCCCGGAUACUCCACUUGAUGUGUCUGACAGUGGUUAUGGGACUCGUGAUUCACGUUACUCAUUCGAUAGCUUCGAUGACACCACAGUCAAUGUCGAUGAUGACGACGCAUUCACUGAUCCGGGGUCAUUGACCUCUUCGGACAGUGUAGGAUCCACUGUCAUUGGCGAGAGGCCUGACUCGGCGCAGGGAGAGCGCGAAAUAUGCCCGCAACCUGAAAUACGUUCCGGCAGUGUGAGCCCUAAGGCACCAUCACCACCGGUACCUCAUUCACCGGGGCGGACAUCCACCAAGUCCGAGAAGGAAGAAGAGAAACCACGACUAUGGCACCAUGACUGGACGCUGGACGAUCAUGAAUGGACCCUAGACGAGCUAGAUCACUCCGUGAAGGACUUCCCUCGCCACAUGCUCCGUCUCACAUCACCUGUGAUAGUAUUCCUCCGCAAAAAUGACGAGAAGGCCCUCAUCAGGCCCUUCCGCACUAUAUUCCCCGACGUUACAGAGAAUCUCCUCGAUUGUCUUUGUGCCGCCCUCCUCGCCCGAAACUACCUCCUUUCUCUUUCAACAAUUCACCGAACUAGACCAUCCUCUUCCUCCCGCAAGGAAGCAUACGCUCUCGAUGCCGUCCCAACAAAAGCAUACAGCACAUUAGGCAUCCAGCUUCCAUCCAGAUCUCCUCGCAGGUCAAAAGACCGCGUCCUUGGUCCUCGCAGUGCAGAGCUCCGAAGACACCUCGAGCGAAUCGUGGAUAACCUCCUCUUUGCCAUCUGCGGCCGAUCUGAUCCUACUUUGAAAUCCGCCGUCGAAGUUCUUGCCCAAGUUCUCGAAUCCAACGCAUAG